GAAAUCCUUAGGAAAAGGGUGAAGGAGAGAUCAAGUUUCCCCCACUUAUCAAUGUGGCUUAGAGCCCAGCGCAGUGAAGGGUUGUGAAGCCUUCCAUGAGCUGGGCCUCCCUCGGCCAAGGGAGAGUUAAAGAUCUCAGCAGAGGUCAGAAGUGAGCAAGGAUGAAAGCUACACAAAAGCUGGGGCAAGGCAGGCUAAUUACCUUCUGCCUUUCCCUCCUGCUGCCUGGCCUGAUAUUUGAGGUGACAUUUAAAGCCAUUGUACAGAUGUGAAGUGCAGCCCUGGCAGGACGAACACUUUCUGGAGCAUGUGGAGAGAUGAGGCCGAGUUUUCAGCCUCCUGGCUGGCAGCUUCUCCACCCCACAUGUGGGCCCCUCUGCUGGGCCUUGAGAGGAGGAGGUUCUCCUCUCUACCUUCCAGGAGAGCCUAGUCUAAUGGGGGACUCAGAGUCUCCCUCCCUACUGGACUCUUAGGGCAUGUGGGGAGAAGGGGGACACUCUAGAAUUCAAAAUAGUUAAAUGAAUUUGGUGCUGAGAGUAAGAGAAGAGAACAGGCACAGAAGCAGAUGGAUCACCGUCUCAGAAUCAUCUGGGAGCUUGUUAAAAAUGCAGGCCUCUGGGAGUGAGGCCUAGUUAUCGGCAUGGAUAAACAACCCUCUAAGGUGAUUCUGCUGCCUAUUAAACUUUGAGAACCUGUGAGAUAGAGAAUGUGUGAGGUUAGCUGGAAAAGGCCUCUUGGGAGAGGUGGACUUGAAUUUCAGCGUCUAAGUGAUACUUGUUUUAGAUACUGUCCUCAGGUGUGGACCUGUUCACCUGGGGACACCAGGCUCUAUAGAAGAUACUGGCAGGUGUCCAUCUCAUCCCCUGAAUGGUAUCCCUGAGAAUGUGUUGCCCCUGGAUUCGUUUCACCAGUUGGGUGCUAAUCACUAAGGGGACAGAAACGAUGUGGGAGGUGGAUGAGGAUGGUGUCUGCUGGAGUGUUUGAUUUAUGUUGCAAUGAAGCGCAGCUUGCAGGGCAAAAUGGCAGCCUGGUGGAACCUGCUUCCUGGGGCAGGGUAGGGGCAGACACCAUGUCUGUGGGCAGUCUUCACUCUGGUUUGCAGAUACCAGCACCUCUGCCACUUCUUGUGUAGCCUGCACUUGUCAGAUAGCUCCAUGUUUUCAAGGAGCCAGCCAGUGCUGCUGAGGGAACAGUGGCCAUUGUUGUCCCAGGAGAUGAGUGGGAAAGAUUUGGGACAUGAUUGGAUCUCUCCUCCCUCAGUGCUGCUUGCCUUCUGCUCCAUACACUUGUGCCGGCUUCAUUUGAUCGGGAACACAGUGUUUUCAUGUUGGGGCGGGUAGAGAGAGAAAGAACAGUGCCAAGGAAAGACGAAGGAACAUUGAAGAGAAAGGAACACAUCUAUGUUAUGACAUCAAGUAACUGCUGAACAUCCAGACGGGCAUCAGCCCUCAGGAGUGGAUGGACUGCUGGCCUGGAGACUGUGCUUGUCCCUGGAGAACAUGUCUCUGUGGCCAGUUGGGUGGGCUGGAGGAAUCAUGCCAACGAGAAUGACUGUUCUUACUUUGCCCAUGGUGAAAAAGGAGCCACUGUGGAAGCAUUGUUUAAGACAAAACAAAAACAACAACAAAAACCUAAUAAGGCUCUGUCCUGGCCAAUAUCCUGUCCUUUCUAAUUGUACUGCAGCUAAAUGGCAAUGCUGACAGUCUCUUGGAACAUUUUAUUCAACUUCUAGAGGGGCUGCAUUUAAAGUAAGGCUUAUGAAGCUCUGUGGGAGUUGGAGAAAUGAGCGGUGGUGGGCUGGGGAGCUCCCAGGAGCCUAGCUUGAUAGGUUGAAUUCAAUCUGGAGUCAAACUCCAGGCUGAAUGGGUUCACUCUGGGCCUGACCCGAGGGAUAAUCCUUAUGUUCUUAGGUUCACUGUUUGCGGGGGAAGUGCUUGCACCCAUUUUGUUCUUUAAGUCUUUAUUCCCUUUCCCUCUGAAAAUUAGGCUGUGUGGAAUGUUUUGUUCUUGAUUAUUAGAGGGUGGGGAACAGGGCCAGCUUCUUUCUCCAGGCCUAGUAGCAGUAACACUGUUAGAGCACUCUAGUUUGCACAGUGUCCACACAGUCACUGGGACUUCCUGCCUCACACUCAGAUGCUUGUCCCAUAGCCCCUCUCUGUCUAUGUCUCCUGCCAUGGUGGAAGCCCCUCAUUUCAGAUUUCUUCCCAGUUGUGUUAGAAAAAGUCAUUUUGACCUUCUUGCUUGGAGAUGCACUCAGUCUGCAGCCAUAAACCAGAGGCCACAGAAAAAGAUGAAAGGCCUUUAGUCAAUAAGAGGCCAUACUCAGACUCUACUCAGCCUGUGCCCAUGGCAUGUCAGUACUUCCCUGGAGGGGCUUCCUCAGGACUUCUGUUUCUCCAGGUCCUGCCCUACUAUGAGGGCUUCCAUCUCUCUGUGAAAGAUGUCACAAUUCCCCAGGGAACAAUCUAGAGCCUUAGAAACUCUCUUAGGGAAGAGAUAGAUAGAUGGGCACCUAUUAUUCAUUUGAUCUUAAGUAAGUGAUUUAACCUCUUGGAACAUGGGUUUUCUCUCUUGAAGACUGGGGAAAGUGAUUUCCACUCUACAGAUCUUGCAGGGCUGUUAAGGGGCCCAUAGAACAUGAUGGAUGUAAAAGUACUUCGUGAACUAAAAAGUACUGCCCACACGUGAGUGAUGGAUUUUUGUUAUUCACAAAAGGGGAGACUUCGGGUCACUUCUUCCCUCUGGAGAGAGGAGGAGGGGUUUGCAUUCUUGUGUUAGCUACACACUGGAAUCUUGUCCAUUUAAGGUAAUAAGAAAAUAAUGCUAACAGAGCCUGAGAGGUAGCUUCUUGGGUGGUGUGUCUCUGCUCAGACCCAGUGCUGCCCUUUAAGAAAGACCCCAAAGGCGGUAGUGGUGCUGGGGCAGGGGCAGGUGGGUGGAGAUUGUGGCUCUGCUCGCUUUCUCCCUCUCCCUCCCAACUCCUGCCUGCUGGGCAUGCCUCCUCCCCAGGGAGCCAUGCUCCCACCAGCUGCCUGACAGAGACCAGGAGGCCUGGGAGGACAAUGUUUCUGUUAGGACAGUGAGAAGGCAUGGCUGGUGUGGCCUAGGCUGAACAAGAGGUGUGAUGAAUGUGCAGGUGGCUGCUGGGUCAUUUUUAGGCUUGGAGAAUGAGGUUGUUCUAGAUGUGGGGUCCUCUCAGGUUUCCACUCUGUGAGCAGGACUCCUGGUUACCUAAGGCACAGCCCUACCACGUGGGUGGCCAGCCCACUGUAAGAGGGGCCCUGAUCUGGGCAAGGACAGGGUAACCCAUCACCCUUCUACAGGCAUUAGGCAGUACCCAGGGGCUGAGGCCCCACAGUCCACUCUUUUCACUGUGACAAAGACAAAUCAUGUGGGGGACCCAGGCUCCCUUCUUGUUCAUUAGUUUAGUUAGUAAUCACUUAAGUACUGGUGAAGUUUAAGGCACUAUAUUAGAUACUUUGGGGGAUAGAAAAAUGAUUAAAAAGCGGAUCCUACCUGGAGUUUAUGGUCAAGUAAAGGAGAAGAGGCCUACAUAAGGAGAAGGUGGAAUGAAAACAAUUAAAUAUAAAGGAGGAAAGAUGAGAGAUGCCUGCCCAGAUUCUGUGGCAUUGGGGUUAGGUGUUGGCAAAGUUAGGAGCAUUUGGCCAUGGUGUGUGUGGGGGAAUAGAGAGGGCAUGCUGUCGGCAGGAAGGGUAGGGGCAAAGCUGUGGGGGUAGGAAACCAUGGGACAUGUGGGCAUGUGGGCUACUGAGAAUCUGGCUAGAGGGAGGGGGUUGGAGGGUGAGGGAGAACUUUCUAUCUGCCACUUUGUACUGCACACUCUACAGAAAUGUUAUAUUCUUCCUUUGCUAUGGGCCUCAUGAUACCUCUGGGAGGCAAAUAUUGUUCUCUCUAGUUUACACAGGAAGCUGAGGCUCAGGAAGUUGAAGUAACUUGAUCAAGGCCAGGCAAGUAUUAAGUGGUAAGCAGGAUUUGAACCCAUGACCAUGUGACUGCAGAGUCCAUGCUAUCUAUACUAUAACACAAGGUCUGAGAAGAGACAUAGAAAGAAAGGAUCUGUGACCUUUUUCUGUCAUGUGGGUCUAGCAGUUUUGGGCAAGAAGUGCCUUUGGUCCCAACAGUGAGGCAGUAAGGCUCCUGGUCUUCUGGAAUGGCCUUGGGGUCCAGGAUGGCUAAGCUGCCAGCUUCCCACCCCCUAUCCUGUUGGAGAAGCCACUGGCCUCUGCUGGGGGAGGCAUGGAAGCCAGGAUGGCGGGAGAUACUGGAAUAAAAUUUAAGACAUGGCCCUGAUUGUGGAUUUUCAUUCCCAAGAUCACCUCAAACCUCACCUGUUUGCAAAAGUCCUCCCUGACUCCCUCCCACGCAUUUCCAACCUCCCCUUGGGUCCAGGCAGGCUCGGUCUGCACACGGCGUUGUUCUGCACUUGUUCCUUUGUUGCUGUGAAACCGGCUCCCGGCACAGUCAGCCGCUGUGUGGGAGGACCGGUGGCUGUCUUUGCAGGCAAGCAUUUGCUUAGAGCAGGCUGCGUGUGAGCCCAGCGUCAAGUGAUUCCGGCCUCCUCGAGUCAGCGGUGGUGGGAUGAGGCUUUGCCGAGAGGACUGGCUGUGAAGGAUGCGUUCAGGGUGGGAUGACGGACCGCUUCUGGGACCAGUGGUAUCUCUGGUAUCUCCGCUUGCUCCGGCUGCUGGAUCGAGGGUCUUUUCGGAAUGAUGGUUUGAAAGCUUCUGAUGUCCUUCCCAUCCUAAAGGAAAAAGUGGCCUUCGUGUCUGGGGGCCGUGAUAAGCGAGGUGGACCCAUUCUGACCUUCCCUGCUCGCAGCAAUCAUGACAGAAUAAGACAGGAAGACCUGCGGAAACUUGUGACAUAUUUGGCCAGCGUGCCAAGUGAGGACGUGUGCAAACGUGGCUUCACUGUCAUCAUCGACAUGCGGGGCUCCAAGUGGGACCUCAUCAAGCCCCUCCUCAAAACGCUGCAAGAAGCUUUUCCAGCUGAGAUCCAUGUGGCCCUCAUCAUCAAACCUGACAACUUCUGGCAGAAACAGAAGACCAACUUUGGCAGCUCCAAAUUCAUCUUUGAGACGAGCAUGGUGUCUGUGGAGGGCCUCACGAAGCUGGUGGACCCCUCCCAGCUGACGGAGGAGUUCGACGGCUCCCUGGACUACAACCACGAGGAGUGGAUCGAGUUGCGGCUCUCCCUGGAGGAGUUCUUCAACAGUGCCGUGCACCUGCUCUCGCGCCUUGAGGACCUGCAAGAGAUGCUGGCCCGAAAGGAGUUCCCCGUGGACGUAGAGGGCUCUCGGCGGCUCAUCGAUGAACACACACAGCUCAAGAAAAAGGUGCUGAAGGCCCCUGUGGAGGAGCUGGACCGAGAGGGGCAGCGGCUGCUCCAGUGCAUCCGCUGCAGCGACGGCUUCUCAGGGCGCAACUGCAUCCCGGGCAGCGCUGACUUCCAGAGCCUGGUGCCCAAGAUCACCAGCCUCCUGGACAAGCUGCACUCCACCAGGCAGCACCUGCAUCAGAUGUGGCAUGUGCGUAAGCUCAAGCUGGACCAGUGCUUUCAGCUGCGGCUCUUCGAGCAGGAUGCUGAGAAGAUGUUCGACUGGAUAAGCCACAACAAGGAGUUAUUCCUCCAGAGCCACACGGAGAUCGGAGUCAGCUACCAGCACGCCCUAGACCUCCAGACGCAGCACAAUCACUUCGCCAUGAACUCCAUGAAUGCCUACGUCAACAUCAACCGCAUCAUGUCUGUGGCUUCCCGCCUUUCUGAGGCGGGCCAUUACGCCUCACAGCAAAUCAAGCAGAUCUCCACCCAGCUGGACCAGGAGUGGAAGAGCUUCGCCGCUGCCCUGGACGAGCGCAGCACCAUCCUCGCCAUGUCUGCCGUGUUCCACCAGAAGGCCGAGCAGUUCCUUUCAGGAGUGGACGCCUGGUGCAAGAUGUGCAGUGAGGGUGGCCUGCCGUCCGAGAUGCAGGACCUGGAGCUGGCGAUCCAUCACCACCAGUCCUUGUAUGAGCAAGUGACCCAGGCCUACACAGAGGUCAGCCAGGAUGGCAAAGCCCUGCUAGAUGUGCUGCAGCGUCCCCUCAGUCCUGGGAACUCUGAGUCCCUCACGGCCACAGCCAACUACUCCAAGGCAGUGCACCAGGUGCUGGACGUGGUGCAUGAGGUGCUGCACCACCAGCGGCGCCUCGAGAGCAUCUGGCAGCACCGCAAGGUGCGGCUCCACCAGCGGCUGCAGCUCUGCGUCUUCCAGCAGGAUGUGCAGCAGGUGUUGGACUGGAUUGAAAACCAUGGAGAGGCCUUUCUCAGCAAACACACUGGGGUUGGGAAGUCCCUACAUCGAGCCCGGGCCCUGCAGAAGAGGCACGAUGACUUUGAAGAGGUGGCUCAGAAUACGUACACCAAUGCGGACAAGCUUCUAGAAGCAGCAGAGCAGUUGGCUCAGACUGGGGAAUGUGACCCAGAGGAGAUCUACAAGGCAGCUCGACACCUGGAGGUGCGCAUCCAAGACUUCGUGCGCAGGGUGGAGCAGCGGAAGCUUCUCCUGGACAUGUCUGUCUCCUUUCACACACACACCAAAGAGUUGUGGACAUGGAUGGAAGACCUCCAGAAGGAGAUGCUGGAAGACGUCUGUGCGGACUCCGUGGAUGCAGUCCAGGAACUGAUCAAGCAGUUCCAGCAGCAGCAGACGGCCACCCUGGAUGCCACACUCAAUGUCAUCAAGGAAGGCGAAGACCUUAUUCAGCAGCUCAGGUCAGCGCCUCCCUCCCUAGGGGAGCCCAGCGAGGCCAGGGACUCAGCUGUGUCUAACAACAAGACACCUCACAGUAGCUCCAUCAGCCACAUUGAGUCAGUGCUGCAGCAGCUGGAUGACGCCCAGGUGCAGAUGGAAGAGCUGUUCCAUGAGCGGAAGAUCAAGCUGGACAUCUUCCUGCAGCUGCGCAUCUUUGAGCAAUAUACCAUCGAGGUGACAGCAGAGCUAGAUGCCUGGAAUGAGGACCUGCUCCGGCAGAUGAAUGACUUCAAUACAGAGGAUCUGACCCUGGCGGAGCAGCGGCUGCAGCGCCACACAGAGCGGAAGCUGGCCAUGAACAACAUGACCUUCGAGGUUGUCCAGCAGGGUCAGGACCUGCACCAGUACAUCAUGGAGGUCCAAGCCUCAGGUAUUGAGUUGAUCUGUGAAAAAGACAUUGAUCUGGCAGCCCAGGUGCAAGAGCUACUGGAGUUUCUCCAUGAGAAGCAGCAUGAACUGGAGCUCAACGCAGAACAGACCCAUAAGCGGCUAGAGCAGUGCCUCCAACUACGGCACCUCCAGGCCGAGGUCAAACAGGUCCUGGGAUGGAUCCGCAAUGGAGAGUCAAUGCUCAACGCCAGCCUGGUCAAUGCUAGCUCUUUGUCGGAAGCAGAGCAGCUGCAGCGGGAACACGAGCAGUUCCAACUGGCCAUCGAGUCCCUCUUUCAUGCCACUUCCUUGCAGAAGACGCACCAGAGCGCCCUGCAGGUACAGCAGAAGGCCGAGGCACUGCUCCAGGCCGGCCACUACGAUGCUGACGCCAUCCGGGAGUGUGCAGAGAAGGUGGCCCUCCACUGGCAGCAGCUCAUGCUGAAGAUGGAAGACCGGCUAAAACUGGUCAAUGCCUCCGUGGCCUUUUACAAAACUUCUGAGCAGGUGUGUAGUGUCCUGGAGAGCUUAGAGCAAGAGUACCGGAGAGAUGAGGACUGGUGUGGUGGACGAGAUAAACUGGGGCCUGCAGCAGAGAUCGACCACGUCAUUCCACUCAUCAGCAAACAUUUGGAACAAAAGGAGGCCUUCCUUAAGGCCUGCACCCUCGCACGGCGGAAUGCUGAGGUGUUUCUCAAGUACAUCCACAGGAACAACGUCAGCAUGCCCAGUGUCGCCAGCCAUACUCGGGGUCCUGAGCAACAAGUGAAAGCCAUCUUGAGUGAGCUCUUACAGAGGGAGAAUCGCGUCCUGCACUUCUGGACCUUGAAGAAGCGGCGGUUAGACCAAUGCCAGCAAUAUGUGGUGUUUGAGCGCAGCGCUAAGCAGGCACUGGACUGGAUCCAAGAAACAGGUGAAUUUUACCUCUCAACACAUACCUCUACUGGAGAGACCACAGAGGAGACUCAGGAACUGCUGAAAGAAUAUGGGGAAUUCAGGGUGCCCGCUAAGCAAACAAAGGAGAAGGUGAAGCUUCUGAUUCAGCUGGCUGACAGCUUUGUGGAAAAAGGCCACAUUCAUGCCACGGAGAUAAGGAAAUGGGUGACCACGGUAGACAAGCACUACAGAGACUUCUCCUUGAGGAUGGGGAAGUACCGGUACUCCCUAGAGAAGGCCCUGGGAGUCAACACAGAGGACAACAAGGACCUGGAGCUGGACAUCAUCCCAGCAAGCCUUUCAGAUCGCGAGGUCAAGCUGCGGGAUGCCAACCACGAAGUCAACGAGGAGAAGCGGAAGUCAGCCCGGAAGAAAGAGUUCAUUAUGGCCGAACUACUCCAAACAGAGAAGGCUUAUGUAAGGGACUUGCAUGAGUGCUUGGAGACCUACCUGUGGGAGAUGACCAGUGGUGUGGAGGAGAUCCCGCCUGGGAUCCUCAACAAAGAGCAUAUCAUCUUUGGCAACAUCCAGGAGAUCUACGAUUUCCAUAACAACAUCUUCCUCAAAGAGCUGGAGAAGUAUGAGCAGCUGCCUGAGGAUGUGGGACACUGCUUUGUGACCUGGGCAGACAAAUUUCAGAUGUAUGUCACCUACUGUAAAAACAAACCUGAUUCCAACCAGCUUAUCCUGGAGCAUGCGGGCACCUUCUUUGAUGAGAUACAGCAGCGGCAUGGUCUGGCCAACUCCAUCUCUUCCUACCUAAUUAAGCCUGUCCAGAGGAUCACCAAGUACCAGCUGCUCCUGAAGGAACUUUUAACGUGCUGUGAAGAAGGGAAAGGAGAGCUCAAGGAUGGCCUGGAGGUGAUGCUCAGUGUCCCAAAGAAAGCCAAUGAUGCCAUGCAUGUCAGCAUGCUGGAAGGGUUCGACGAGAACUUGGACGUGCAGGGGGAACUGAUUCUCCAGGAUGCCUUUCAAGUGUGGGAUCCCAAGUCACUGAUCCGGAAGGGGCGGGAGCGACACUUGUUCCUCUUUGAGAUCUCCUUGGUGUUUAGCAAGGAGAUCAAAGACUCUUCAGGACACACAAAAUAUGUUUACAAGAACAAGCUACUGACCUCAGAGCUGGGUGUGACCGAGCACGUGGAGGGCGACCCCUGCAAAUUCGCCUUGUGGUCUGGGCGCACCCCAUCCUCAGACAAUAAAACAGUGCUGAAAGCCUCCAACAUCGAAACCAAGCAGGAGUGGAUCAAGAACAUUCGAGAAGUGAUUCAGGAAAGGAUCAUUCACCUGAAAGGAGCUUUAAAGGAGCCAAUUCAGCUCCCCAAAACACCAGCCAAACAGAGGAACAAUAGUAAGAGGGAUGGAGUGGAAGACAUUGACAGCCAGGGGGAUGGCAGCAGCCAGCCGGACACCAUCUCCAUUGCCUCUAGGACCUCCCAGAACACAGUGGACAGUGACAAGACUGUUAGUGUCAUGGUCCGAGGAGUUCAUCCCUUCCAGCUGCUAAUCCAUCUUCCCAGAAGCCCUGACUCUGACACAGACCACUCUGCUAGAGCCAUUCGUCUUAGGAAGACUUCGGCUACAGCUAUCCCUUGUCUUUCUGCCAAGCUCUCUGGCGGAUGCGAGUUGACCGUGGUGCUCCAGGACUUCAAUGCAAGCCAUAGCAGCGAGCUGACCAUUCAGGUGGGGCAGACGGUGGAGCUGCUGGAGCGGCCCAGCGAGCGGCCUGGCUGGUGCCUGGUCCGCACCACAGAACGGAGCCCGCCCCAGGAGGGCCUGGUCCCCAGCAGCGCCCUGUGCAUCUCCCACUCCCGGAGCAGCGUGGAGAUGGACUGCUUCUUCCCCUUGGUGAAAGAAGCGUACUCUCAUUCCUCAAGUGAAAACGGAGGCAAAUCCGAGUCAGUGGCCAACCUGCAGGCCCAGCCCUCCCUGAACUCCAUCCACAGCUCCCCCGGUCCCAAGCGCUCCACCAACACGCUUAAGAAGUGGCUGACGAGUCCCGUGCGUCGGCUCAACAGUGGGAAGGCAGAUGGGAACAUCAAAAAGCAGAAGAAAGUACGGGAUGGUCGGAAGAGCUUCGACCUGGGAUCUCCCAAGCCUGGGGAUGAGACGACCCCUCAGGGCGACAGCGCUGAUGAGAAGAGCAAGAAAGGUUGGGGUGAGGAUGAGCCAGAUGAAGAGUCACACACACCCCUCCCUCCGCCUAUGAAGAUUUUUGACAACGACCCCACACAGGAUGAAAUGUCCUCCUCUUUGCUAGCAGCCCGGCAGGCUUCCACGGAAGUACCUACUGCUGCAGACCUUGUCAGUGCAAUAGAAAAGUUGGUCAAAAGCAAGCUGAGUCUAGAAGGAGGCUCAUACCGGGGGAGCUUGAAAGACCCCGCAGGCUGCCUAAAUGAGGGGAUGGCCUCGCCCACACCUCCUCGAAACCUGGAAGAAGAACAGAAAGCCAAGGCCCUGAGAGGCAGGAUGUUUGUCCUGAAUGAGCUGGUUCAGACAGAGAAAGACUAUGUCAAGGAUCUGGGGAUUGUGGUGGAGGGCUUCAUGAAGAGGAUAGAAGAAAAGGGCGUCCCUGAGGAUAUGCGAGGAAAGGAUAAAAUCGUGUUUGGAAACAUUCACCAGAUCUAUGACUGGCAUAAGGAUUUUUUCCUGGCUGAACUGGAAAAAUGUAUCCAGGAGCAAGACAGAUUGGCACAGCUCUUUAUUAAGCAUGAGCGGAAGCUGCACAUCUACGUGUGGUACUGCCAGAACAAGCCGCGCUCCGAGUACAUUGUUGCUGAGUAUGAUGCCUACUUCGAGGAGGUAAAGCAGGAGAUAAAUCAGAGGCUGACACUUAGCGACUUCCUCAUUAAGCCCAUUCAGAGAAUAACAAAAUACCAAUUGCUCCUCAAGGACUUCCUGAGAUACAGUGAGAAGGCUGGGCUGGAGUGUUCAGAUAUCGAGAAAGCAGUGGAGUUAAUGUGCCUUGUUCCCAAACGCUGCAAUGACAUGAUGAAUCUUGGACGCCUGCAAGGCUUUGAGGGCACCCUGACUGCUCAGGGGAAACUGCUGCAGCAGGACACGUUCUACGUGAUCGAGCUGGAUGCAGGCAUGCAGUCCCGGACCAAGGAGAGGCGCGUGUUCCUCUUCGAGCAGAUCGUCAUCUUCAGUGAGCUGCUCAGGAAGGGCUCCCUCACCCCGGGCUACAUGUUCAAAAGAAGCAUCAAGAUGAAUUACUUGGUCCUGGAGGAGAAUGUGGACAACGACCCCUGCAAGUUUGCGCUCAUGAACAGAGAGACUUCCGAGAGGGUCAUUCUGCAAGCCGCCAACGCCGACAUCCAGCAGGCCUGGGUGCAGGACAUCAAUCAAGUCUUAGAAACGCAGCGAGACUUCUUAAACGCACUGCAGUCGCCCAUUGAGUAUCAGCGUAAAGAAAGAAGCACAGGCGUGAUGAGGUCUCAACCUGCAAGGGUUCCCCAAGCCAGCCCCAGGCCCUACUCCUCUGUCCCCGUGGGCUCUGAGAAGCCCCCAAAGGGCUCCACCUAUAACCCGCCUCUGCCACCUCUGAAGAUAUCUACCUCCAAUGGCAGUCCGGGGUUUGACUACCACCAGCCUGGGGACAAGUUUGAAACCAGCAAGCAGAACGACCUGGGAGGCUGCAAUGGGACCUCUUCCAUGGCUGUGAUCAAAGAUUACUAUGCACUGAAGGAAAAUGAAAUCUGUGUGAGCCAAGGUGAGGUGGUCCAGGUGCUCGCCGUCAACCAGCAGAACAUGUGCCUGGUGUACCAGCCCGCCAGCGACCACUCCCCCGCAGCCGAGGGCUGGGUCCCGGGCAGCAUCCUGGCGCCCCUCACCAAAGCCUCGGCAGCAGCAGAAAAUAUUGACGGGAGCAUCAAGAAGUCAUGUUCAUGGCAUACUCUACGCAUGAGAAAGCGGGCGGAAGUGGAGAGCACGGGUAAAAAUGAAGCCACAGGGUCUCGUAAACCCAAGGAUAUUCUGGGCAACAAAGUCUCUGUUAAAGAGACGAACAGUUCCGAGGAGUCAGAGUGUGAUGAUCUUGACCCUAAUACUAGCAUGGAGAUUUUAAAUCCAAAUUUCAUCCAAGAAGUGGCCCCAGAGUUCCUUGUGCCCUUGGUGGAUGUGACUUGUUUGCUUGGGGACACUGUGAUACUACAGUGCAAGGUCUGUGGGCGGCCGAAGCCCACCAUCACCUGGAAGGGUCCGGACCAGAACAUCCUGGACACCGACAACAGCUCCGCCACAUACACCGUCGCCUCGUGUGAUUCUGGGGAAAUCACCCUGAAGAUCUGCAACCUGAUGCCCCAGGACAGCGGGAUUUAUACCUGCAUUGCAACAAACGACCAUGGGACCGUGUCAACGUCUGCUACAGUUAAAGUGCAAGGUGUUCCAGCGGCCCCUAACCGCCCCAUUGCCCAGGAGAGAAGCUGCACCUCUGUGAUUCUGCGCUGGCUGCCCCCGUCGAGCACGGGAAACUGCACUAUUUCUGGUUACACCGUGGAGUACAGAGAGGAAGGUUCUCAGAUCUGGCAGCAAUCGGUAGCUUCGACCUUGGACACUUACCUCGUCAUCGAAGACCUUAGUCCUGGGUGUCCUUAUCAGUUCAGAGUCAGUGCCAGUAACCCCUGGGGAAUCAGCCUUCCUAGCGAGCCCUCGGAGUUUGUGCGACUUCCAGAAUACGAUGCUGCUGCUGAUGGUGCCACCAUUUCUUGGAAGGAAAAUUUUGAUUCGGCUUAUACUGAGCUGAAUGAAAUUGGAAGAGGCCGUUUCUCAAUAGUAAAGAAAUGCAUUCACAAAGCCACCCGCAAAGACGUGGCUGUGAAAUUCGUCAGCAAAAAGAUGAAGAAGAAGGAGCAGGCUGCCCACGAGGCCGCCCUGCUCCAGCACCUGCAGCACCCCCAGUACAUUACUCUCCACGACACCUACGAGUCCCCCACGUCCUACAUCCUGAUUUUGGAACUGAUGGAUGAUGGCCGGCUCUUAGACUACCUUAUGAAUCACGAUGAAUUGAUGGAGGAAAAAGUAGCUUUCUACAUCCGAGACAUCAUGGAAGCUCUGCAGUACCUUCACAACUGCAGGGUUGCACACUUGGACAUAAAGCCUGAAAACCUGCUCAUUGACCUACGGAUUCCAGUGCCUCGUGUGAAGCUCAUCGACUUGGAGGAUGCCGUCCAGAUCUCGGGCCACUUCCACAUCCACCACCUACUGGGGAACCCCGAGUUUGCUGCCCCAGAAGUGAUCCAAGGCAUCCCUGUCUCCCUGGGCACAGACAUCUGGAGCAUUGGGGUCCUGACGUAUGUCAUGCUGAGUGGGGUCUCCCCCUUCUUGGAUGAGAGCAAAGAGGAGACAUGUAUCAAUGUAUGCAGGGUGGAUUUCAGCUUUCCCCAUGAAUACUUCUGUGGCGUGAGCAAUGCCGCCAGAGAUUUCAUCAAUGUGAUCUUACAGGAAGACUUUCGGAGGCGGCCCACGGCGGCCACUUGCCUACAGCAUCCAUGGCUGCAGCCCCACAAUGGCAGCUACUCCAAGAUCCCCCUGGACACCUCCCGCCUGGCGUGCUUCAUAGAACGCCGCAAGCACCAGAAUGACGUGCGGCCUGUUCCCAAUGUCAAGAGCUAUAUUGUCAACCGGGUGAACCAAGGGACGUAGCCAUCUCCCAGCCCCUGAGGUUUCACAUACAAGUACAGUGUGAACCAAAGCAAGACUGAAUGUGUCUGUAAAUAACUGUGUUCAUUAUUUCACUCCACGUGGUUCUCUGGACUGAGCGAUGUACCUCUCAAACCUCUUCAUUGGUUAUUCAGGGUCUGAGCAGCAGUAAAAGUCACCCUAAAUUCAGGGGCUUUCCAGAAGGUCAUUCUGAAGAAAUAAAGAUGCAGAGAGUCACAGGAAGUAUUGAAAAGAAGGGCAAGGAUACCAAUAAUAUUAGCUGUUGUAAAAUUUUAAUUGUAUGUUCAAAAAUGAGUGGUUAACUGGGAAAACCUUUAGCUCUCUCUAGUGAGUAUAAAAGAUUUCCCACCUUUGCUGAAAUUUUAAACAAAAGUUCUAUUUAACAGAGAUGUCAUGGAUGUCAACCAUUCUGGUUUAGAUGACUUAUAGUUUCUUAACAGGAUACAUAUACACAUACAGUAUAAUAUAUCCCAUGCAGGUUUCAGAGUUUUAUAAUACAGAGAUAUAUAUUAAAUCAAUCAUAAGUAACUUUGAGUGCUCCAGUUAAGACAGUAAUUUAUUUACCAAAACAUUACAUUGUUUUGACUAAGCACAAUUAGAUGACAAGUUUUUUAGAGCAUUUUAUAAAUCUUGUAUAGAAUCUUUUACCAGAACCUGUGCAUUAAGAGAAAGCAAUGUUACCCUUUUGCCAUCUGUGAUUGAGAAGAUUUUUUUCUGUCAGUCACAGGUUAUUUGAUUAAGAUAGGUUCUGUAUAUGAAACGCUACUCCUGAACUCACUAGCAAUUCAGAGUUAAUCUGGCAAGAAAGCCUGCCAGAAAAUAAGUUCAAAUACAGUAAGAAUUGUGGGGCUAUUUUUGUGUCUACACCUGGUUGGAAAUAGGUAAACAAAUAUAACAGGUUUAUACAAAAGGGUAAGUAAAAAACUACAGUUGCUAUCAACAAGGUACCAUCACUUUCUGAUUUCUUCUACAGCUAUAGAAUACAGUCUUCAGAAAGUUGGCUUGCUUUAUUUCUAACUCCUUAUUGAAGCUAAGGGGUGCUUACCAAAAGGAGGCAGCCAUAUAGGCCUUUUAUGGGCCUGGUCCUAAGUCCUUUUUAAAGCCAUGGAGCAAAACCUGAUACACUACUCUCACAGAGCAUCGAAUUUUAACUGAGAUCGCAAUACCUACCACCACUCAGCCGCCAAUAUUUCUCUGGACUAAAAGGACUAAUUGUACUUUGAGGCUAAUGCUGCUUUCUGGUGGAUAUUCUCCAUACAAGAUUAUUAUUAACUGCCCUUUUUCCCUCUCGUGGAAAAAACAAUUAAACCUGGGCAUUUCAUGGUUUUUCUUUUUGUUUUUGUUUGUUUUUUUGGGGGGGGGUUGUUUUUUGUGUUUGUACAUGAUCCAUCCUUUGUUUUCCAGAAUGUGUUUUGAAAAUUGCUAUUAUGCAAAUAAUAUUUUUAAAAUGUAAUUCAAGUGUUUGUUCAAAUCAGGUUUAAUGGCAUUGCUUCUCUCCUACCAUGGGAUUGAGAAAAUUUAAAAUCAUGCUGCACAGAUGUGCAAGCAGAGUAUUUAUGAAGGCUAAAUAGAACUGUAAGCCUAUGUAAAUGAAAAGAAAUGGUGGAAACUAAGCCUGAACUUUAACACAUAAAAACAUUUAUUCUCACAGUGGAAAUGUAAAAUGAAAAAUACUCAUCAUUCUUUUCCAUUGGUUUCAAAGUCAGCUUCCUCAUUCUCCCUCCACCUCAUCCUGUCCAAGAUUAUAGAUUAAUAAAUUAGUAGAAAGUAUAAGCAAUAAGACUAGAUAGCACUUAGUAUUUUCGGAAUUAACCAAAUAUGUAGAAACCGACUCCGACUGUAUUUGUUUCCUAGUUUCUGAAUGGCCUGGGUCAUCAAGCCUCACUCCGUCAGAGCUCUCUCUUGACUCAUCCUCCACAGUCUUCAUUUGAAUCAUUAUGUAUGUACAAAUGCUAUAUGAUACAAUAUUUUAAGAUUUUUAAACAUAUUUACUAAAAACCCUUUCAGUAAACAUUUCUUCAUUAAGGUAUAUAGCAGGAAAGAGGAAAGCCUGGUCCGUAGGGUUUGCCAUGGGGUAGGCUGCAGGCCAAGCAUUCCGGUGUCCAUAAGGGAUGGCCGGGCAAGUGCUGCUCUAGCCCCCAUGCACGACUUGACUCAAGAGCCCCCUGCUGAGUCAUUCUGAAUUUUUAUAAUGAGCUGAGUUUCUACUCUGGAGGGACAGGGCCGAGGACACAGACCAUGGCAGGAGAGCAUUACUGAUAUCACGCUGUCGGGAGCACAGUGACAGAAUGUCGGAGCUCAAGCUUUUUUGGCUUUGACAUCAGAGCUGGGAUGACCCAGAUGUGGGGCUCCAUGGAAUCCGCCCAGGUACACAUGUUGAGGAAAUGAGAGGACAGGAGGGGAGGGACAGAGAAAAGUAGUAUAAUUUUGUUAACUAGAGCCAAAGUACAAUCACGGGAAUAGAAGGAACUUAAUAGAGGCUCUAAGAGAAAGGAAGUACGUUUUAUAUAGUUUGAUAACUGAAGAAAACUAAUAGGGAGGCUCCCUGUCUGCAAAGCUCCUGGUCCCUCCCAACAGCGAUGAGAUACUGGUGUUGGUUCAAGAAUUCUCCAUGGCAAGUUGGAACUAACAAGGCAUCCCAGAAGAUGGGGCUGGGAAAUGUACUUACGGUUGCUCUAUGGGCAACUGUGUGAGGGAAGAAGGAUCAGGAACUACUCUGUCCCUAUUUUGUCAGACAGAUUUAUAACUUGGUAGUGGAGAAGAGAGGAAAGAAGAGAAAAGAGUCCACUUCUACUAUAAUUUUGGUAGUUCUUAGUGGGUGUGAACUUCCAGUUAAAUAGAAUAAACAAAUAAUGGUCAAAGCCACAGGUUUCUUGCUUGGCUUCUAUUCCUUACAUAGGGUUUGGGUUUCUUUGUUUUGCUUUGUGAGGGUGGGAUGCAGAAAGAAAGAAAAGAUCAGGGAUAACCCAUAAUAACUUUUAUGAAGUAUAAUGGCUUCCUGUAUCUUUUACAUUUGUUUCAAAUUAAAUAGAUUUAUAUCCACUUACAGCUGAAUGUGGUAAAAAUUUUUAAGAAAAGAAAUUGUUGAAGGUGUCCUUCAGAUCUGUCUCAGCCAUAAACAAUCUUAGGGGGAGUAGAGGAAGCAGAGGAAAAAGCUGGUUUCACUGCUUUGUGGUUCACAAAGCCUUUAUAAAUAGUAGUGCCUUUCAGAGGGGAGGAUGGGAGAUAAAGAAGUUCAUUGCAUUUAGGUUUACUGAUAUUGCAGCAUUUUUUCUUCAUUUCAAAACAUCUUUAAAUGAAAACAUCUGAAUAUAGUGUGGGACCAGGAAUUCUUGAGUUUCAACCUCAGCUAUUCCUGAUUCAUCUUUUCUUAUAGAAAGUCUUUGUUUUUUCCUGCCCCAAAUGUCCCAUUGGUAAAAUGGGAGUUGGGGGGAGGGAAAAAAGGGAGGACAUUAAUCUCACAGGAAUGUUGGGAAAUAACCUUGGUUGGGACAUCUAUAAAAUACUUUGAUUUUUUAAAAAGUGCUACACACUGCCAGUGCUAAGAAUUUUAUUGAUAGUAACUUAGAACAUUCCAGAUUUUCAAUAUUCAUAUCUUUAGAUACCAUUUACAAACUCAUAAGAUUAAAUCCUGUAAAUUGCUUUCAAUUGGAAGUACUAGGUGCUCUUUGUCUAAAUGUUAUUUGGUCUUAUCCUAUAAAUUUUUAUCAUUUAAGAGCUUGUCUUUCUUAAAACAGAAAACAGUUAGGAAAUCUGAUGAAGUCUUACAUCCAUAAACUAUUUUCUCCAGUAUUUCUCACAGCAGAUGGAAAGAGCAAGAUGCCCUCCAAUGCAAUGGCUACCUUCUCUUCUCAAGCUUUAUGCUCUGGAAAAAUGGACUGAGAAGAACCCAAACAGCCACUUUCCUCACUGGGAGGGCAGAAGUGAGAAUAAAACAUCUUCCCAUAUGACAAUUCAUUUUUCACAGUCUCACAGGAAUUAUUAUAAGAGGCAAAUUAAAGGCACAGAAAUGAAUUGGACUAUUGGUUUUUGGAGGAAAAACCUUGAAUCUUUUUUUUUUAAAGAUGGUUAAGUCUUUGGGAGUAGCAUAUUUGCUGUCCCAUAAUCUCCAUGAUUUAGUACCCAUGAGUUAAUCGUUACUUUUGUGUUGACUACGUGGAAGAGCAUGGAAAUUUAGAUUUGGGAGAAUAUGAGGAAGCAAAUAUUAUAUAAACUAAAUGGUGGUUAUUUCUGUGCAUUAACUAGAACUUUCUCCCAUGCAUCUGAUAAAGGAGGAAGUAUUUUGAAUAUAAGGGGUCUUUAAAAUAAGCAAAAGUGCAAACUCGCCACGUCCUUAUUCAGGGUGGCUGGUGAAUUGUACUGGCUGAAUAUUGAGGAAUAUAGACCUUAUUUCUUUCUCUCCUGGGUAGCAUCUCUGUGGAGUCUGAGUUAGGCAAACACAGUAUAUGAGCUUUCAGUGGAUUUAUAUUUGUAAAACCAUACAUGAUUUUUCCUUGCUAUUUAAACUCCAGGGAUCAUUUGGGAAUGAAUGACUACACCCACGGUGGGCUUAGGGAAGAUAGAGCUCAUACAUGCUUCAUCAAGAUAAGGAAAACUACUAUAUUAAUAUUUAUUUUCUAGAAACAAUAAGGCUCUCAGUUGUUUCAUUAAUUCUAGAGGGUUAAAAAGGGCUGAAAUUUGUUCAUAGCACUAGAUAUUUUUAAUAGGAAAUAUUAUCCACAUGAAAAUUUAUACAGAAAUAGAAGACAGAAAUAUCAUGGGGCCAUAUUUUCUAUAAAAAGCAUUUCUUCCUCAUUUUUAGUACAUAUAGAAGUUAGAGGAGGGGGAAAAAAGCAAUCACUCUAAGACAACUUUUCAUUUUUAAGGGACAUUACAGAAAGCCUGAAAUUAAUACUCAUAGGUUAUUGUGUUUUCCUGUCUGCCUGUUUGCUGGGAAAUUCUAAAAUUUGGUCAGAUUUAGUUUUUAUUCAAAUGAUCAAGAUAACAGUUUAGUUUGAUAACUUAUUUCAGAUAGUGAGGUUAACUGAGAAAGGGGGGAGUGGAAGGAAAAGUGCAAAUGACAAUUUUUGGAAUGCCAAUUCCUGAGGCUUUGUUUAACCAGGCUAAUUUGCUAGCCCAGGAUAGCCAGUUUAGGGGUUCCAUCAAUACCUAGCUUUCAUCAAGAACUGAAUCCAUGUUAGAGUAUUAUGGAGACUGUUACUGUGACCUCAAAGACUGUGGCUAUGAAUUUGAAAUUAACAUACGUCUUCUCUUACUAACUUAAGCCAUAUCUGUCAUCUCUCUGUUUGAUUUUUUUGACCCUGGUGCUUUUACCUCUUGUUUCUGCCAAACUUCAGCCUACUCUAUGGGGAAAGUGAGUAAAACUAGUAGUCAGGACAAAUAUGAAGACUGUGAAAAAACUAAACAUACUCUUCAGAAUGAGAUCCUAUUCAGAGAACAGCAGUGAUCAAUUACAAACUGUUGGAAAAUAUGGAUAUAUGUACUUCUGUACAUGUAUAUAGUGUAUAAUAUGUAUGUAUAUGUUAUUGCUCAUAUGCAGAAAUCUAUCCAUUUGCAGACAGCCCAGGUGGGACAAUUUUUCUAUUGGAAAACCAUUUAGGGCCAUUCAAAACCAUUAGGGCUAAUUUGUGGAGAACAAUUCUACUCGUCUGAGAAUUAAUUUGCUGUCUUUUGCAGACCACAAAGCAAGUGUGAAACACUAUAGGGCCAUCAUUUAGGUUAUUCUGUUUAUCUGGACUUAGAACUAUCUUUAUAUUAAAAUUAUUAACAGUUGGUUUGCAAACUGUAUUGGCAUCUCUUGGUUUUGAGUGACCUCUUCCCCACUCAAGUCUUUUGAGAAUUUGGGAUGGGCUUCUCUGGCCAUUCAGAUAAAGGGCCUUAUCCAUAAGUGGACAGGUUUCCCCAUAGGGACCAUUACACAUAUACAUAUAAAUACAUACUUCCAUCAGGCUUGUAACAAUUGAUUUAAAAUCACUCCACAGUAUUGAUAAAUAGCUCUAUAUUUUCAAGGUGCAGAAGAAUUCCACAGCCUUAAUUAUUUCAGUGUCUUGCUGGUCUGCCUUAAGUGUAUCUUCUGGGUUUUUGAUUGUUUUAUUAUUUCUAAAUUUUCUGCAGUUGUUCAUUUUGUAUGCACACAAUGUCGUUUUGUAAAGGUAGGUUGUAAAUAUUUUAUUUGUAAGUCAAAAUCAUUCAUGUGUAAUGUUGUAAAGUGAUGCCCUGCUGUCUUGUUAUUAUUACUACAGUAAAUGUUAUAAGUUAUGGAUGAAAUUUCAAAAUGUACAUCUCACAUGUUAUGCAUUCCUAUAAAUAUACUAUACUAAAGAUA